CACGUCUUGAGGGCACUCCAAGACUGGCAGAGUUGAAUGCAAAGACGAAGAACAGGAGAAGCACUGAUGCCGCCUUUAGAGUUGAGCUCAGUAACAUCAGAAUUUUAGAGCUGUGCUGCUGAUAUCCCACGUAACCGGCACUAUUUUACUGUUUUCUCUACAUUCAUAAGAACGUCAAUCUCUGGUCAUCAAAGGAUGCAUAUUCAUGUCUAAAAACCCGAUUACAUGGAUUUUCUUCCGCUGUCCGGCUAUUUUGUUAAAUUUGUUCUAUAGAGUGCCAGUUGCGAAGGAGUCUUAGCGAAUUGUGUUCUUUUUUCCGUUUCGAAAUAAAACGCGUUUUCAGCAGAAGAGCGCCCAACAGCAUCGGAUUCUCCUCACAUUAGUGCCUGUGGAUUUCUCACUUGUUAUAACGAGAUUUGGACUGCUGAACUCUUUUUGCAUCGCAAUGGAUACAUCUAUGUGGACUUAUAUAUUUAGUCUUUUCGUGGUUGCUUGUCGAGUAAAAUUGGCUCGAUCAACAGUUUUAGAAUCAAUAUACUGGAAUACUUCGAACACCAAGUUUGUUCCAGGAAGGGGUGUAGUGCUAUACCCUCAGAUCGGAGACAAAAUGGACAUUGUGUGUCCAAGAAUCAAGGCAGGCUCCACCGAGCAGAUGAACAUUGAAUACUUCCGGGUCUAUCUUGUUCCCAAAGAACAAUUGGAGACCUGUAGUGUUACUAAAAGCGACAUGUUACUGCUCAACUGUGACAAGCCGGACCAGGACGUGAAGUUCACCUUCAAGUUUCAAGAGUUCAGCCCCAACCUGUGGGGCUUGGAGUUCUUCAAAGGAAAGGACUAUCACAUCAUCUCCACAUCCAACAGCACGUUUGAAGGUUUGGACAACCAUGAUGGCGGUGUUUGUAAGACCAAAGCCAUGAAGCUGGUUCUGAGAGUUGGACAGAGUCCAACAGAUUCAAUCUCAGCAAAACAUCAUCCCACAAGACAUCCUCCGAAAUACCCUGACAAUAAGGACCAAAACACCUUCAGCAAAGAGAAUGACGUCGUCAGCAAAAUUGACUCUAUGCAGAAUGGUGAGUCCGGAGGGAAGAGCGGAGAGUCUGUGGGAUCUGCUGGAUCGGAAGUAGCCCUGUUUGCUGGUGUUGCAUCCGGUGCCGUCAUCUUCAUCAUCAUCAUCAUCGCUCUUGUAGCACUCCUUCAUCGGCGUCAUCAGAAACACUCCGCGCAGUGCUCUGCCCAGUUGCCGUUAAACACGCUGCCCAAACGUGGAAGCGCCGCAAGUGGCGGGAGCAACAAUAACGGCUCUGAGCCGAGUGACAUCAUCUUUCCAUUGCGGACCUCAGGAAGCAUGUACUGUCCGCACUACGAGAAGGUCAGUGGUGACUACGGACACCCUGUCUACAUCGUCCAAGAAAUGCCACCACAAAAUCCUGCAAACAUCUACUACAAAGUUUGACAGAGCAUGGACAAGCUACGGACA